CACACCGGGAUGUACGGGGAAUAACCGAAUAUCAAGCAGCAGCUGCCCGCGCUUUCUCCGCCGUUGCUGACGUCCAUCAUGUAGACCGACACCAACGGGUUUCGGUUCUGGAACGUCACGGCGGUUGGUUGUUGGCUGACGGCGUGUCAUUGAGCGGCCGUUGGUAUUACAGGUAUUCUUAUGCGACGGUUGGCUCAGUGGUCGCCGGUUGAAUUGUUCGACGAAGCUAGUUCGCUAACGGUUAGCUAACCGUACGAAGCUGGCUCUGUUCGCCGCGAACAGCAGCUGUAUUCGCUUCAGAGGUACGCGAACAUGGCAUCGCCCGCAGAGCACGACCUGACGCUGUCUGAGGCGGACGGCAGCAAGGAGAAGGCUCAGAUGUUUGGUAUCCUGAGGCUGCAGGAGGAGAAAGCUAGUGUUGGGGAGAAAGCUAACAGUAGCAGCACGGUGAGAGGAGGAGGAGGAGGAGGAGGUGGAGGAGGAGACGGGCGAUGGCAGGCUCCUAUCUUCGCUUUGGCCAGGAAAGCAUCCGAGACUCUCUCAGGGAGCAUUCACGUCCUGCCCAAAGCGUCGGAGCACAGGACGUCCCUCCCCGGGGGCUGGAGCGGCCAAGCCUUGCGAGACCCCAUGGCUAUGGAACGAGCCAACCUGCUGAACAUGGCCAAGCUGAGUAUUAAAGGGCUAAUUGAGUCGGCUCUGAGCUUCGGACGAACUCUGGACUCAGACUACCCGCCUCUCCAGCAGUUCUUUGUUGUCAUGGAGCACUGCCUCAAACAUGGCCUCAGAGUGAAGAAGUCUUUUCUGGGCUUUAACAAGUCUCUCUGGGGUCCUCUGGAGCUGGUGGAGAAACUGUGUCCUGAAGCAGCAGAGAUCUCAGCAUCUGUACGAGACCUGCCUGGACUUAAGACUCCAUUAGGCAGGGCCAGAGCUUGGUUGCGUCUGGCUCUCAUGCAGAAACGGCUGGCCGACUACCUACGACUCCUCAUCACCAGAAAAGAUCUGCUCAGUGAUUUCUAUGAGAAUUCAGCGCUGAUGCUGGAGGAGGAGGGAGCGGUGAUAGUGGGCCUGCUGGUGGGCCUCAACGUCAUCGAUGCUAACCUGUGUGUCAAAGGCGAGGACCUGGACUCUCAGGUUGGGGUGAUCGACUUCUCCAUGUACUUGAAGAAUGACAUUGAUGAUUACAGGAGUGAAGAAAGGAAUAGCCAGAUUGCGUCAAUCUUGGACCAGAAGAACUAUGUAGAGGAACUGAACCGACAACUCAACUCCACAGUUCAUGGUCUUCAGGGCAGAGUGGACACACUAGAGAAGUCCAACUCUAAACUCAUAGAGGAGUUAGCAAUAGCCAAGAACAACAUCAUCAAACUGCAGGAAGAAAACCAGCAGCUGAGGAGUGAAAACAGCCUCAUUCUGCAGAAGACACAACAACAUUUAGAGGUAACCCAAGGCGAUGCUUCAGUGGAGAGAGAUACAUACAAACAGUCGCGUCAGGGAUUGGAUGAGAUGUUCAACGAUGCUCAAAGGCAACUGAAGGAGGAGUGUCAGCUCAGACAGGAUGUGGAGAAUGAGCUGGUCGUCCAGAUGUCGAUGAAACAGGAAAUGGAGUUGGCCAUGAAACUUCUGGAGAAAGAUAUUCAUGAAAAGCAGGACACACUGAUCGGACUGAGACAUCAACUGGAUGAAGUCAAAGUCAUCAAUGUAGAGAUGUACCAGAAGAUGCAGGUAAAGUCGUCUGAUGAUGAGAUGAAAAAGAAGAACGACGUCAUCACUCGUCUGGAAGAGAAGACCAAUCAGAUCACUGCCACCAUGAAGCAGCUGGAGCAAAGAUUACAGGAGGCAGAGAGGCACCGCACAUCGGCUGAGGAGGGGACCAGACGCUUCAAGUUGGACUUUGCCAACAAGGCCGACAGUCUGCAGCGGCAGAUCGAACACAGAGAAAGGCAACUCCAGCAGCUGGAGACGGACCUGAAGAUAGAGAGGGAGUGGAGGCAGACGUUACAGAACGAUCUAGACAGAGAGAAGGAUACGGUGGCUCAGCUCAGCACAGAGGCGCUGCAGAUCAACGGGCUAAAGAAGGAGUUCCAUCGCCUCCACGAUGAAAACAUUCAGCUGAAGACGAUCUGCGAGGACCAAGAACAAGCUCUUGAGGAACUAGGCUCCAAACUGAGCGAAUCCAAACUGAAGAUUGAAGACAUCAAAGAAGCCAACAAAGCUCUUCAGGGAGGUCAGGUCUGGUUGAAGGACAAGGAAGCCAGCCACUGCAAGCUGUGUGAGAAGGAGUUCUCCAUCUCAAGACGAAAGCACCACUGUAGGAACUGUGGGGAGAUUUUUUGUAACAGCUGCUCUGACAAUGAGCUUCCUCUGCCCGCCUCACCAAAACCAGUCAGAGUCUGUGACACCUGCCACGCCCUCCUCCUCCAGCGAUGCUCCUCCAAUCCAACGUGAAGGAGCCGUGACUGCUUUAAACAAUCUGCGAUCAAACUCAUAAACCAACAUCCUCUAGACCUCCGUAAGAUCCAUCUCCCAACUUCCCUCAACAGAAAUUCUGUUAGAAAUGCUGCUUCCAAUGGACCGUGUGCAUGAACAUUAAGCACGUAUGAUUUGUCUUCAUUUACAGGUUGAAAAAGUCCUUUAUAGACAAAAGCAGGAGUGCCUGCAUCAUUCUGACCCGUCUAAGUUUGACGUCACUACUUUUUUAGCAGAUGCUCAGCAGUAUUCAUUAUAACACUGUCUCUUGUAAUCAGAAACACAGGUUUGUACACUGAUGUACAUUGCUAGAUGUACAUCAGUUCUACGGACUAAUCAUUUACAGUGAAUUCCAUCAGUCAGGGUCCCUGAUAUCUGAUCAGGGACCCUGACUGAUGGAGUCAUGUAAAACAAAAGGACAGAGCUUUGCUAUAAAAGGAGGAACUACUUUACCAUGACCUGAAAGUGAAACUGCACUGAAAGUUAAUGAGCACUGCUGCAGCUAAAUGCAGAUUCUCAACCAAACCUACAGUCUUUUGAAGGACUGCAUCAUUAUAAUGUAUGAAUCAAGCAUCAAACUGUAUACAGUAAAUGUAUAGCCAAACAUAUGAGAUAAUAUAUUUUAUACAUACAGUAUUGUGGCCUUGUUACCCAGUCUUGACUGCAAAGCACCCUCUUUUCAAGUGGAGUGAAAUUAACACGAACAUAAAGGCAACAUUUUCACAGGCACAAAAGAUCAAAUCAACCUCACAGGUUGUUGUGACCUCACAUGUUUCAUAACCAGGUAGAAGUUCAUCACAGUUACUUUAUUUGAAAUAUAAACUGGAUAUAUUUCUGUUUAUUUGGCUGUGAGAAGAUCAGAAUUGGUCUCAUUUUUUUGUCGCUGUUUGAAUGUCAUUUCACAGAAUCAACAUUGGAGAUAUAUGUUCUGAGACAAAGACUUUCUGCAAAUUAGUUACAGGAAAAUUCACAGCUCUAACCAGAUUUUGUUCCGCUGACACAAUGACCAGACUAGUUCCCCAUGGGGCUGUGGCUUUCGAGGGAACUGAAAAUCUUUCCGUUUUUUUUAAACAAUGUUGGUGCCAUUUGUGCCUGUGUAAAUGACGUGAAUAUUGCCUACUUGUGCUUCUCAAGUUGCCAAAAUGAGCCCUAGAUUUCUACAGAGUGGAUUUCUUUUGAGGGAAUCUAAAAAUACUUCAAAGUAGCAACUCUAGCCAAGCAAAGCGAUCUAGAUAAAAGGCACAUUUCACUGUUGGUUUUCAAGCACUAAUGCAGUGGAUGCAGCAUGAUGCUGAUGACUAAAUGGCUCUUUAGUUGAUGAACCACUGACGUCUAGCACACAACAUGACCACUUCACUGACGAGUUAGCGGUUAAGAAAAGACUUGAGUGUUACACACCUCUGACACAAUAGCCAAUAUGUUUGAGCACUUGGCAAUCCUAUAUUACCUCUAAUAUAGAUUCAUUUUAAAGUAUUUAUAUUUGAUUUUGUACUUUAUGCACAUUCAUUUUUACUUUUAGUAAUCCAGGGAACUUGUUUGAGCUUUCCUUGUUCACUUGAAGUAAGUUGUGCAGAUGGAGAUGUGAGAGAAGAACCACAUUUUACUGCUGCUCCAUUUCUGAGAGGGAAAGUUUGAAACUCUAAACCAAUGUUGUUCCUUUAUGUUUAAUGUGUAUGAGUUGUCAAACUAAUGCUGAUGACUGUAAAGUACAGUCGUCAGAGACGGGUUAUGAUACGAGUUCCACUGCACAUUCUGAUUUUGUACUUGUACAAUGUUUACAACCUAUGACUUUUCAAGUACUGGAAGUAUUCAUUCCCAUGAAGAGAUAAAACAGGCCUGGGUUCAUUUCGAUUCAAUUUAAAGUGUUUUUAUUAUUUCAAAUAUUUAAAAAUCACCAAUUUAUCAUAUCAUCAAUAAGUACUAUAGGCAAAUGUUCCUGAAUGCACCCAGGCCUAAAACCUUUUUGUACGGUGUCGUUCUUAUAAAUCUCCCAGCUUUCAAUGGGACUUAUACAGUGUUGACACCACUGUAUGUUGUAUAUACAUAAUUAUUGAUUAUCACGGUGACCCUUUGGCUUACUUAAUCCUGCCAGUUUAAUAUUAUUCUAUUGCCAACAAUAUGUUAUCUUGACUGUGUAGCAGUUUCUGAUUAAAUCACGUCA